CAAAAGUCGAGGGGGCUGCCGCCCUCAAUCUCCCGUAGUAUCGACGCUCGCACCCAAGCCGCGGCCCGACACCUUUACGCUGUAGCCUCGAAAAAUGAGGAAGCCGUUUCUACAUUUUUCGUUGGUAUUCUUUUAAAACAUCGCUGCUGAUAUAGCCGGAGGCAGAUACUCAAAUCGUAAACUACGGUAGUUGGCUUACAGCUUGGAGUUUUUGACAUGGCGCCAGCUGGCACUGUCGUGGGGGACUUGCACACAGAUGCAGGGAUACGGCCAGCUGCUUCCUCUGGUCAUGCCACCGCGCAACACAUCAAAACAAACUUGAACUCUUCCGCAUGGUCGCCAUUAAAGCAUACUUCGUGUAUAAUAAUGUUUUCUGUGGCCAUUGCAGUGUGAUUUCUGAAUGAGGAUAUGUCAGAGGACGAUAUUUAACUCUGUUGGCUAUCAGGAUCUCUGAUGCUGUUGCACUCUCUUUGUGUUAUUAUGUUGUGACGGUUAUUGUGAUACAUUUUUGUUGCUAGUGAUCGUGAACAGUUAAAUAUUUCUGUUUGAAGAUAAUGAAAGUAUGUUGUGUUGUGAUUGCAAUCCUUACUAUUGGCGGCUCUCAUAUGUGAAACUGAUGAGUGUUCUACAGUGUAUGUGUUUCAUCUAAGGCAAUUUUUGAUAGGUGUAUGUGCAAUCUUAUUGACUCCAACUGUUUCAAAACAACACUUCAUCUUUGCCCAUCUUGAAAAUUUUCUGGAGGCACAGCUGUCACAUUCAUUGACCUUGUUUGUUGAAAAUUUUUUUUUUUUAAACUGAACACAGUCAGCCAGCUCAGAGAAUAGUGUAUUCAUCACACUAUUUCUGCACCUUCUCAGUUAUAAAAUGAGGGAGCAAUAAGCUUAACACCAGUUUUUAUACAUACUAGUGGGAGUUGACAUUUUUCUGUAAUUUAUUUUCUUACUUUGUUACCAGAAAAAUAUUGCUGCAAAUGUUGCAGUUAAAUGUCUGGUGAAAGAAAUUGGAGAAAAUGUCCAUUUGAUCAUGAUGUAGUAAUGCAAAAUUCAUUGAAACAGUCAAAAGUGUAGUGUAAUGGAUCUCAUUCAAUAUGCAGAGUACACCCAAAGUACUGCAAGAGUGGUCAGUUCAUGCUGAAGUCACAUUUUCUCAUGGAGCACAAACUCCAACUGCUCAGCUCUCUGGAAGCAAUGUGUCUAUGGACUGUUCAUGGCAAAAACCAACCACUACGAGCAGUGCAUCUACAACUUUGCGUCCUUGCUAUGGAUUUCAGCGUGGAAACAUUUUAUUCACAACUACACCACCACGGUCAUCACAACAUGAUGUUAGCAGACAGUAUAGUGGUGGAUCCCAGUCAGCAAAAGCAUCUCAGCAUCCAUAUGACAGACGCUGUAAAAGCACUUGUAGCAUUGUAUUGGCAAAUCCAGGGGAGAAAUUGCAAUCUUUUCAUUAUCAUUGUGGUGAUCGUGCUUGUUACCAUGCGAGACCACCAUACACGUCAGGGUUCUCCACAAUACCAGAAAAUUGUGAAAUAUGCAACAUUAAUCAGGUGCCAGAUUGUCAUAACAGAAAAAGUAGUACAUUUACUACACAUUUUUGCACAAGAGUACCAGAACGGUCUGCUAAUAAGGAACGUCAAGAUGCUGCUUCACAGACUGACACAGGACAUAAUGUUGUACCUGAAAAUCUUCAAGUUCCAGGCGUGCCACUACAGAAGAAAAAGGCACAAGCAAGCUUAUGGGAGAGUUCACGGAAAUUGGACUUGCUUCGAAAAUCUCUGGAACUGCGAAGACAGGAAUUGCCACCUGACUCUCCAGCAGCAGCACAACUGAAACAUGAACUACAGACAGCACAGGCAGCUUCACCUGUCCCUGUAACUUACACCAGCCUACAACCACUGCGACCAGGCCCUUCUCCAGGACCUAGCCUGAGUCAGCCAAUGUCUCCAGCUUCACCAGCAGCAUCAUUUUCCUCUCCUCCAUCUUUUGGGCGCUGUGCUGCAGUCACUGGAAAACUGGAAGUCAGGUUAAUGGGUUGUCAAGACUUGCUAGAAGAGGUUCCGGGACGUUCUCGUCGAGACAAAGAUUCCAUCUCUGGCCCUGCUGACUUACGUUCCUUCGUAAAAGGGGUUACAGGACGCAGUUCUAGCAAGUCCUAUAGUGUGAAAGAUGAAACAAGUAAUGAAAUCAUGGCAGUCAUUAAACUGGAUAAUCAAACAGUUGCUCAAACCAAUUGGCGGCCUUGUUCACAACAAGCAUGGGAUCAGAGGUUUUCCAUUGAUCUGGAUAAAUCUCGAGAGCUCGAGAUAGGGAUUUAUUGGCGUGAUUGGCGUUCAUUAUGUGCUGUAAAAUUUUUGCGGUUGGAAGAUUUUGUUGAUGACAUUCGUCAUGGAAUGGCUUUGCAGUUGGAGCCACAAGGAUUACUUUUUGCAGAGAUUAAAUUUUUGAAUCCAAUGAUAACGAGGAAACCAAAGCUUCAGCGUCAGCGUAAGAUUUUCAAGCAACAAGCUAAGAAUUUCCCACGUGCAAAUCAGAUGAAUAUCAAUGUAGCAACAUGGGCUCGUUUUCUAAAGCGAUCAGCACCUUCUAUACAGAACAAUCACAUCCGUUCUACAGAAAACCAGUCUUCAGGUGGCGUACAACCUCUUCAACUAUCAUUUGAUUUUCCUGAAGAUAAACCUCAAGCUCCUGGUGAGAGUCCAGAUGUACAGACUGCUGGACUUUCUGGCACUCGGCCAUUGGGACUCGGGGUUGCAGUUUUACCUCCUCUUCCUCCUCUACCUCCUGAUGCUACUCCUAGUCCAAUAUUGCCAUCAACAGUUGCCGGAAAGAGGAAAUCUUCACUGCCUUCAGCUCCACAAACACCACAAACUCCACAGCCACCGCCUCGACUUGAUGUUGAGAGUGCAUUGCGAGAGUUUGACUUCCUGCACGCGGAGGAACGGGACUUAAGCUCUGCAAGUGUGGCAGAGCCUCAGCGCUCUCCCUCGCCCCAACCAGUCAUCCAGUUUCCAGACGAUGAGGUACCCUACGAGCAACCAGAUGUUGUGAGAAGACCAAUGGCACGAACAUUAGAGUACAGAGACAGCGCCUAUGAAUCCCGUCGUCAUUCACAGUUCACUGGAAUGUCUAUAGAAAAUUUCCGCCUCCUUAGUGUACUUGGACGCGGCCACUUUGGGAAGGUUAUCCUGGCACAGUAUCGUAACACAGGAGAAUAUUUUGCAAUCAAAGCUUUGAAAAAAGGUGACAUCAUUGCCAGAGAUGAAGUAGAAUCUCUUCUUUCAGAAAAAAGAAUCUUUGAAGUAGCAAACACAAUACGACAUCCCUUUUUGGUGAACCUUUUUGCUUGCUUUCAAACAGAAGCUCAUGUGUGCUUUGUAAUGGAGUAUGCUGCUGGUGGAGACUUAAUGAUGCAUAUACAUGCGGAUGUUUUCACUGAGCCUCGAGCAGUGUUUUAUGCAGCUUGCGUUGUUCUUGGCCUGCAGUAUCUUCAUGAAAGCAAAAUAAUAUAUAGAGACCUGAAACUGGAUAAUUUAUUGCUGGAUACAGAAGGUUAUGUAAAAAUUGCUGAUUUUGGAUUAUGUAAGGAAGGAAUGGCAUAUGGAGAUCGGACUGGAACAUUUUGUGGUACCCCCGAAUUUCUUGCACCUGAAGUAUUAACGGAGACAUCUUACACUCGUGCUGUGGACUGGUGGGGACUUGGAGUAUUAAUUUUUGAAAUGCUUGUUGGUGAGUCGCCAUUCCCAGGAGAUGAUGAAGAAGAAGUUUUUGAUUCAAUUGUGAAUGAUGAAGUGAGAUAUCCCAGGUUCCUAUCGUUGGAAGCAAUUGCCAUCAUGAGACGUCUUCUCCGCAAAAAUCCAGAAAGGCGAUUGGGCUCAAGUGAAAAAGAUGCAGAGGAUGUCAAAAAACAAGCUUUCUUCCGAAACAUUCAAUGGGAUGAUCUCUUGCUUCGUAGGGUGAAACCUCCAUUCAUACCUACAGUUACUUCAGUAGAGGAUGUAAGCAACUUUGAUGAAGAAUUUACUUCUGAGAAACCUCAGCUCACACCCCCAAAAGAUCCACGGCCUCUAACAGAUGAAGAGCAGAUGCUCUUCAAGGACUUCGCAUAUAUGGCAGACUGGUGCUGAUGUUGUUGUGUACCACAAGUCUUCCUUUGAAAUCCUAUUAUUUCUGUGUGACAAUAACCUGUUUAGUAAUGUGGUGACUCUCACUUGCCAUGUGUGUUGAACCUGGAAGUUAAUAACGAACUUCUUAGUUUUUGCAUAGUAAUGCCUAAACUUGGUCAGAAAUUUUGUGCCAAGUAUAUGUAGCAAUUGUAGUGCAGCUUAGAAUAUUUCUUGUCCCACUUCUGUAACUUACUGCAGAUGUGUGCAGGAUGGAAGAAGUAAUACGAUUGUAAUUCUCCUGUGGAGAAACUGUUGAGAUUUCUUUAUUUGUAAUUAUAAUUUUGUUGUUUACUGCAAGUUAAAAGAAUUGUUUCUGUUUAAUAUAUGAUUAGUUGUGUGUUCAGAUUUUCUUAACAAAUGUGAUAUUUCCAUAUUCAUUAUAAUUUAUUUUAUAAACAUCUGGAAUGCAAGAUCCCUUGAAAAUUAUUUGCCAGCUGCCAACUUGCAUGUCUGUGAAUGUGGAGAGUGCAGACAACAGUUAUAUGGUUGGCAGAUUAUGCCAGUAUACUAGAGAGAGAUAUUUUGUUACCUAUGCUGCCUAAUUAUUCAGAUUAUAUUUUGCAGAAUGAAGAGUGUUCAUAGUCACUGACAUGUAAAUAAUUUGUGUAUAAAAGUAAAGAAUGGAGUUUACUUAAAAAGUAAAUUUAUUGUAAAUACUAUUUACAUAUACUAUAAAUACAAUUUGCAUUUUAUUCAAAAAUGAAAUUUUUUAUAUAAAUUUAUAUCUGUUGAAUAAUAAAAUGUCUGAUUUUCUGUGGUGCUGUUAAGUCAUUUAAACCUGAACUGAGACCAAACAUGUAGUUUUUGUAACUAAACAUUUUGUAAUACAAAGAGAGAAUGUUAUAUUAUCUUUUUAAAAAGUUUUAAAUUUUUACAAUGUGUAAAUGGUCUGAGCAUGUAAUUGGUGGCCUUCUUUCACCACAUAUCUUAUGAAUGUGCCCACUUAGUCUUUUUGGGCACCCUUCUCCACACGAUGGCAGCUGUUGCUCAAAUUAAUGAAUUAUAUAGAAGCAAACACUAUUUUCAGUACUGAAGUUUAUAUGCAUGAGAUAAGAGAAUUACAUCAGUUUGCACUCAUAAAUCAUAAAAUAAUGGCCUGCUUUGUAUAUGUCAGCAAAUGUGUAUAAAUAAAUAUGUGACAAUACAUAA